CGGCACUAGUGCGACAGGGCCAUCGUCGAAUGAGAAGCUUUACUGGGGGACUGUUUGCUGGUGGAGGGGCGGUACCUUGCUAUACAUGCACUAAUGGGCGCAGAUUGGGAUAAACUCUGACCGCAUUCGUCAUCGUUAAUUUUUAUGUAUGUACAAAGCCUUAUUAGAUCGAGUAGAAAACUGCGUCUAUCAUCGGCCUCCCGCUUGUAGAGGAACCCGAACGAUAUCGUUUCCAUGUAUAUAUCCUAAGUAGCGUCAAUUCCCUCUCAUUGACCGACCGCCUUAAGAAAAGAAAAAAGUGACACACACUUGUUCACCCUAACCCACCUAUUAUUUUAAUCUUCGUCCUUUGUCCCCGGUUUAUAUUAUUGCUACUCCUGCACAAAUCUUUCACGCUUGGACCUUUUUUAACCUAUCCCCGGAAUCUCUGGAAGCUCUCCAUCUCAUCUCAACUCUACUCGUCCUCACCUCACCUCAUCUCAUCUCACCUCAACUCCCGAUCCAUUCCACAACGUACUACUCCCGCACAACUGCGAUUUGAUCGUACCAAUUAGCAAACAACCGCCAUCAUGGGCGCCAAAGCAGGUCUCGCGCUCAAAGUAGUCCAGUGGUUCAUCCGCGGCGUACAAUUCUGCUGCAGCGCUCUCGUCCUCGCACUUUUCUCAUACUUCCUCGCGGUGCUUACUAACCGUAAUCUGCCCAUACCAACAUGGACGCGUGCCGUUGAGGGUAUCUCGGGUAUCGGUGUGCUCUACACCAUUCUCGGGCUUCUGCUCUUAUGUUGUCUGGCCGGUCACCCAUUCACCUCUUUCAUCGCCAUUGUGCUGGAUAUUUGCUUCGUCGGGUCCUACAUCUACGUUGCUAGUGCCACUCGGGGUGGAGCCAGCAGUUGUACCGGCACGGUCGAUACGCCUUUUGGUACCGGUCAAGCUGAGGACUUGAUCAAUGAUCAGCACCCUACUUAUAGACAAGUUUGCCAGAUGGAAACUGCUUGUCUGGCCGUUUCGGUUGUAGCAGUUAUCUUCUUUGUCUUCUCUGCGCUUCUCGAGGUUGUCCUUGUCCGCCACCGACGUAAGGAACAGCGUUUUGGCCCUAGUCCCGCCAACAACUACACGUCAGGUUACGGUGGGCGCAGAGGCAUAUUCGGACUCUUCCGCCGAAAGAAGACCGAAGAUAGCCCAAAUCCUAACAUCUUGCCUGAGCACACCCACCCAGACCAGAUGCGCCAGAGCUACAACACCGAGACUACGGCUGUCGGUCACGAAAACGGGGUGCACAAUAACAAAUAUCAGUACGACGGUCAAGUUGCGUACCCUGAGACCGGCACGGCGACAGCGCAUACUACGCCGGCUGGUUACCGCUACUAAGCGCACACCGCUCUUCUAACUGAGGGGCCUGUUCAUGAACACGAGGGGAAUGGUACCCUUUUAGUGGAAAAAUAUGUAUGAACUGGGAGUGAUACCCUGCGCAGGGUUGACAUAUGGGAUGCUGUCGCUUGCUGCUUUAUACGAAUCCUGAUGAGAUUGCUAGGCAUGGCUGGGAACAUUGUGGCGGAAUCUAAUGAUCACGUCGAGUUAAUCGUUUACUAUCACGUAUGUAACGUAAGGACUCUUAGCCACCGGCAUUUAUCUUGCUUGGCUGGUAUGAAUAUAAUAGAAUGAAGUUAAAUGAGAAG